AUGAUUAGACCGACUAUGUUGUAUGGUGUAGAGUAUUGGCGUGUAAAGGAAUUCCACGUCCAGAAGAUGAAAGUGGUGGAAAUGAGAAUGGUGAGAUGGAUGUGUCAUACCGGGAGAGAUAAGAUUAGAGGAAAGAACAUAUUGGGGACAAAUGGGAGUGGUCUUCGUGGAGGACAAGAUGCGGGAAGUGAGGUUGAGAUAGUUCGGGAAAGGAUCCUCCUGGAUCGGGAUAGAGUGGUGGCAAAAUCAUGGUACAAUGAAGAAAGAAAUAGGUGGGAGAUGGAUCCUGUGGCUGUUCCCUAUGCUGUGUCCAAGAAGCUUCUUGAGAGUGCUAGAAUCAGACAUGACUGGGCUGCCAUGUAUGUUAUGUUGAAGGGAGAUGACAAAGAGUAUAAUGUUGAUAUCAAGGAAUAUGAUAUGAUUUAUGAAGAUUUGGGAGGUUUUGAUGCCUUGUACCUGAGAAUGCUUGCUUCAGGUAUUCCAACUGUGGUUCAGCUGAUGUGGAUUCCUUUCUCAGAACUGGACUUCCGCCAACAAUUUCUCUUGGUCACAAGACUCUGUCUUCAAUGUCUAAAUGGAUUGUGGACUCUGAGAAUUGUUUCAUGCGGGAGAGACUGGAUUGUGGAGAAAGUUAGAAACAUAAAUGAUGACAUCAUGAUGAUGAUUGUUUUCCCUACCGUGGAAUUUGUCAUCCCUUAUCGGGUGAGGAUGCGGCUGGGUAUGGCUUGGCCAGAGUAUGUCGAUCAAUCUGUUGCCUCAACUUGGUACUUGAAAUGGCAAUCUGAGGCUGAAAUGAGUUUCAGAUCAAGAAAAACAGAUGAAUUGCAGUGGUAUCUCUGGUUCUUGAUUAGAACUGCAAUAUAUGGCUAUGUAUUGUAUUAUGUGAUACGCUUUAUGAAGAGGAAAAUUCCACGGCUUCUUGGUUAUGGACCUUUAAGGAGAAACCCCAACUUACGGAAGCUGCGGAGAGUGAAAGCAUAUUUUAGAUUUAGGACGAGGAGAAUAAAGCGAAAAAAGAAGGCAGGUGUUGAUCCAAUCAGUACUGCUUUUGAUCAGAUGAAGAGGGUGAAGAAUCCCCCUAUACGUUUGAAUGACUUUGCAAGCAUUGAUUCUAUGAGAGAAGAAAUUAAUGAAGUCGUAGCAUUUUUGCAAAAUCCUCGCGCUUUUCAAGAAAUGGGAGCUCGCGCCCCUCGGGGAGUUCUUAUUGUAGGGGAGAGAGGAACUGGAAAGACAUCCCUAGCACUAGCAAUUGCAGCAGAAGCUAAGGUGCCUCUUGUUGAAGUUAAAGCCCAACAGUUAGAGGCUGGUUUAUGGGUUGGCCAAAGUGCAUCAAAUGUUAGAGAGCUGUUUCAAACAGCACGUGAUCUGGCCCCUGUAAUCAUAUUUGUGGAGGAUUUUGACCUCUUUGCUGGAGUCAGAGGGAAGUUUAUCCACACUAAAAAGCAGGACCAUGAAGCCUUCAUCAAUCAACUCUUGGUGGAACUUGAUGGGUUUGAAAAACAGGAUGGUGUGGUCUUGAUGGCUACUACAAGAAAUCUCAAGCAAAUCGAUGAGGCCUUGCAACGUCCUGGUCGGAUGGAUAGGAUAUUCCGUCUUCAGCGGCCUACUCAAGCAGAAAGAGAAAAGAUACUUACGAUAGCUGCAAAAGGAACUAUGGAUGAAGAACUUAUAGAUUUUGUAGAUUGGAGAAAGGUCGCAGAGAAAACAGCUCUUUUGCGUCCAAGUGAACUAAAACUUGUUCCCGUGGCCUUGGAAGGUAGUGCCUUUCGAAGCAAAUUCCUGGACAUAGAUGAGCUUAUGACCCACUGCAGCUGGUUUGCGACCUUCAGCAGCCUUGUCCCGAAAUGGUUAAGGAAGACCAAAGCUGUAAAGCAAUUAAGCAGAAUGCUGGUGAAUCAUCUUGGAUUGACAUUAACGAAAGAGGAUCUAGAAAGUGUUGUUGAUCUAAUGGAGCCUUAUGGUCAAAUAAGCAACGGAAUCGAAUUGCUAAAUCCUCCUCUUGAUUGGACAAUGGAAACAAAGUUUCCGCAUGCUGUUUGGGCUGCCGGUCGGAGUUUAAUUGCUCUUCUUCUACCAAACUUCGAUAUUGUGGAUAAUCUGUGGCUUGAGCCUUUCUCGUGGGAGGGAAUUGGGUGUACUAAGAUCACCAAAGCUAAAAAUGAAGGUUCUAUCAGUGGGAAUGUUGAAUCAAGAUCAUAUCUUGAAAAAAGACUAGUUUUUUGCUUUGGUUCUUAUGUUGCGGCGCAGCUAUUGCUUCCAUUUGGGGAAGAAAACAUUCUUUCUUCAUCAGAGCUGAAGCAGGCACAAGAGAUAGCUACAAGGAUGGUGAUUCAAUAUGGCUGGGGCCCCGAUGAUAGUCCUACGAUUUACCAUCAUGGCAAUUCGGUGACAGCUUUGAGUAUGGGAAACCAUUUUGAAUAUGAGAUGGCUACAAAAGUGGAAAAGAUGUACUAUAUGGCUUAUGAUAAAGCAAAACAAAUGCUACAGAGAAAUCGACAAGUGCUAGAGAAGAUUGUAGAGGACCUGCUCAAGUAUGAAAUUUUGACAAGAAAGGAUCUGGAGAGAAUUCUUGCUGACAAUGAUGGGCUGCGUGAAAAAGAACCAUUCUUCCUUUCGAAAGCAAAUAAUGAGCCUGUGCUAGAUAGUUUCCUCGAUGGAAACGGGAGAGCUUCUUCAAUGGCAUUUCUAACAGCUGCAAAUUAAAUAGGAAUGUCACGUAUCACCUUCUGGCACGUUCAUGCUUGCAGUUGUCCACCGGCUGAUUUGGAUAAGCACAUGCAUUUCUUUAGCCAUUUAUCGAUGUAAAAUGUAGUUUUUUUCCUCCUUUUUAGCUUUUUUAUUUUUUUAUUUUUUCAUUUAUGUUUUCUUUAUUUUUAUUUUAUUUUAUUAAUCUUUUCUCUGCUCUUCAUGAGGAGUAAGAAGAGGGUUUGGAGAAAAAGUAAAUAGGGGUAUGUGCUGGAUCGGGCAGUACUACAGUUUGUAGAUUCAGGCUGAGAAGAGAUGGCAUCCAUUUUUCCUUCUCAUCUUGGAUGAGAUUUUGUUUAUUUUCUUAAUGUCUUUUGCUAAUUUUAGUCUAUGAAUAGUUUGUUUAGUACUAGUAAGAAUCUUUUUGCCUUGCUCUGUACACAAUUACUUGAGAAGCAAUGUCACCAGAAUUCUAUUGAAAUGCA